AUGCUGCUCGAUCGCAUAUCUUUGACUGGCUCGACGGGGCUCCUGCUCGCAGUUCUUCCUUUAGUGGCCGCUCACGAUGAUGAGCAUGAGCGUUCUGGUAUGGCCAUGGAUAUGGCAAACACACAUAAUAUGACAGCAGCAGUGACGCCGGCUGUUCCGCACAACUACUUUCGGUAUCCAGGAUUCGAAGGCUGGAUGUAUGCCCAUAUAGCUUUGAUGACAAUCGCAUGGGCAGUCGUUCUACCUAUCGCUGUCGUUUUCAGCGUAGCUCGCUCGCGCUUUACGAUCCCGGCGCAAUUCGUGUUCCUAGCCGUGAAUGGACUCGGUCUGUUCACCAGCAUCAUCUACAAUGCAAAGACACCAGACUUCUACCCGGGCAAUGCACACCAUAAGAUGGGAUGGGCAGUGUCUUGGAUCGCCACGGCGUGGUUUCUCAUGACUUUUCUGAACCUGUACCUGGCGCGAUCCGAGAAGGCCAAGGAAAGACACGCGAUGACGACCGAUAACAUUGCGCAAUAUGACCGUCUGCAGGAUCAUAGGUGGUCCAGGGAUUCGGGCCACGAUUCAGCAACGCUCUGCUCUGGAUCUCGCUCGCCCAGCUCGGAUUCGGUACCUCUGCACAAGCUUGAACCUCUAGAAGAUGUUGAUGAAGAGGGUGCAUCUGAAGAGCAAGCUUUCAUCCAGAACAACCCAGUCGAUCGCCUUCUCUUGCGCAGGGUUCCUCGCGUUUCAUCUGGCCGAGCACUCACAGCCUUCAAGUUCAUCUUCACAUUAAUCGAACGGUGUAUGCCAGUCCUUGGAUUUGUGAGCUUGAUAAGCGGUGGUGUAGUAUUUAGUGGUCUCUACCGCGAACGCCUUGUCUUCUCUGGAAUGGCGCAUGCCGUCAAGGGCGGCAUCUUCUUUUGGUACGGAAUCCUGACUCUUGGGAGAUGGAUGGGUGCAUUCUCGGACUUUGGUUGGGCGUGGAACGUCGAGCCUCGACACCCCAUGGUCUCUCGCUUCGCGGCCGGACUUCCCUCGGCCGAGUUUGUCGAGUCCUUUGUCAUCUUUCUGUACGGCGCCAGCAAUGUUUUCCUCGAGCACCUCAAUGCUUGGGGAAAGGCAUGGAGCGCUCAGGAUCUCGAGCACAUCAGCAUCACCAUCAUGUUCUUCGGAGGCGGCCUGAUGGGAAUGCUGAUCGAGAGUGACAAGAUCAGGAAUCUGUUCAACACCUCUGUUUCGACCUGGCAGGAAGAGGCCACACUCUUUGCCGAUGCUGUUGAGAAGCAACGUCAAGAGUGGGAGGUACCCAAGACAUACAAGACGAGUCUCAACCCAAUGCCUGGCCUUGUCAUCAUGCUUUUGGGAAUGUCCAUGUCAGGACACCAUCAACACAGCAUGGUCUCGACGAUGCUGCACAAGCAAUGGGGCACUCUGUUCAUGGGUUUUGCAAUGGCUAGAGCGGCAACCUAUGUUUUGCUCUAUCUAGCACCACCAAAGUCGUUCUUCCCCAGCCGCCCUCCGACUGAGCUAGUGGCCAGUUUCUGCCUGAUCAGUGGUGGUAUGAUCUUCAUGGGCAGCUCCACAGAUGCCGUGAGCACGAUUGAGAGCAACGGCCUGGAUGCUAUGUUUCUUUUCACCAUCGCUAUGGGCUUGACUGCUCUGGUGAUGUCUUGGACCGCUCUCUGCUUUGCUCUCAAGGGAUGGGCAGUGAGAAAAGAGAAGACUGUGUAA